CACACAACACAAAACACAAACACAUGUUGAGGGAAGGUAGCACAAACAUUGUCAAUGGAAACUGGUCACGUGUCUGUGACACGUGCCGGUCCGCAGCAUGCACCGUGUACUGCCAUGAUGACUCGGCGUACCUAUGUUCACGUUGUGAUGCUCAAAUCCAUGAAGCUAACUUCAUGGCUUCAAGACACAAACGUGUGUUUGUGUGUGAAGCUUGUGAACGUGCCCCUGCAUCGUUUCUAUGCAAAGCUGAUGCUGCUUCUCUUUGUUCUUCUUGUGAUGCUGAAAUACACUCAGCAAAUCCACUAGCUAGUCGCCACCACCGUGUGCCUGUUCUUCCUUUCUCUAAUAAAGAAGAACAAGAUCAUGGUUGUUUUGUAGGUAAUGGAAGUGAGGAAGAGGAAGAGGAAGAGGUUUUUGAUGAAGAAGAUGAUGAGGCAGAAGCUGCAUCAUGGUUGUUGUUAAAUCCUUCAAAGAAUGAUAACAAUGAGAGUAAAAGUGAUAAUAAUAAUAAUGGGUUCUUGUUUGGUGAGUAUUUGGACCUUGUGGAUUGUAACUCAUGUGGUGGUGAUGAUGACAAUCAGAAACAGUUCAGUACUGUUCAUUAUAAUGAUUGCAGUGUCCCUCACAAGAGUUAUGUAGUGAAUGGUGUUGUUCCAGUUCAGAAUCAGAUGGAACUUCAAACUGGUCUGGUGUUUGAAUCAUCAAAAGCUGCCUUCAGUUACAAUGGUUCUGCAAGCCAAAGUGUCUCAAUUUCAUCAACGGAUGUCGGCAUUGUACCAGAAUCAACAAUCAGCGAUCUCUCAAUUUCCCAUUCAAAAUCCUCAAUAGGCACAGUGGACCUAUUUUCAGGACCUCCCAUUUUGAUGCCUUCCUAUCUUACUUACAGGGAGGCAAGAGUUUUAAGAUAUAAAGAGAAAAAGAAGACAAGAAAAUUUGAAAAGAAAAUCAGAUAUGCCUCAAGGAAGGCCUAUGCAGAGACUAGACCCCGAAUUAAAGGUCGAUUUGCAAAGAGAACUGAUGUAGAAGCUGAAGUGGAUCAAAUGUUCUCCACAACUCUAAUUACAGAAGCUGGAUAUAGUGUUGUUCCCUCUUUCUGAAUAUCCAGUUAUUGAAAUGGCCUGAAAACUGUAACAAGGGUUCAGAAUAAUAUCAAUAGAAUCCACAACCACUUCAUGCUUAUUUUUUUGUAUAGUUUCAUUUGCUUGCACUAGAUAAGCUUUAUAAUAUAGUCCUUAAUAUGUUGACUUUUGGACAAUUAUGCGAUUUGUAAAUAUAAUUCUUAUGUUAAAUUAUUAAAUUGCUG